AUGUGUAAAUCCAGGAGAUAUAAUAAGAUAUUGAACAAAAUUGUCAACCUCAAUGAGGAUUGUUCUGAGGAUAGAUCCGAAGAAGAUCAGUAUGAAUUAGCCCAAAGCGAAGCUGACAGUGAAAGUUCUGAAUACAUUGAAAGUGGAGAGAUAGAAAGAUCUUCGGAUAGUGAAGAGGAAAACUUCUUGAAAGUGUGCCGUAACAAGAAAAGGAUGCGUAUUCUUCCUAGUUCUGACUUCGAGGAUGAAAGGACGAGCAUUCCAAGCACAUCCCAACAUGUAAUGGGUGAAAUUGAAAUUGCAGUUGACGGGACUCAGUGGAUAAAACUGAAAGCAGGCGGAUCUAGGGGUAGGACACCCGUUCCUAUGAUAUUCAAGGAUAUCGUAGGGCCUGCUGGCUAUGUUAAGAGAAAUAUUAUUUCGGAUUGUGUAGCUAGAGCUUUCGAAUUGAUAAUUGACGGACACAUACUGGAAUAUAUAAAAGAUUUCACUGAAACCGAGGCCAUCGAGUUUUAA